UCAGUGUCAAAGUGCUCAUUUUACUUAGUUUGUUAUAUAUAUUUUUGUUAUGAUAUCUGACUUUCUUUCCCACAGGAAGAAAAUAGAAAUGACCAAGAAUGGUGACUCACAAUUAAGCAAUGAAAGGAACAAAUGCUAGCACUCCGGCAGGUUUCAUCCUACUGGGCUUUUCUGACCAGCCCCACCUGGAGAUGGUUCUCCUUCUUGUCGUCUCUAUCAUAUACAUUCUGACACUGAUGGGGAACACAGCGAUCAUACUGGUCUCGUACUUUAACCCCAAACUCCACACACCCAUGUAUUUCUUCCUCUCCAAUCUCUCCUUCCUGGACCUCUGUUUCACCACCAGUAUUGUCCCACAAAUGCUUUGGAAUCUCAAGGGGCCUGACAAGACCAUUAGCUACACUGGUUGUGUGAUCCAGCUGUAUGUUGCUUUGGGGCUGGGCUCCACGGAAUGUGUCCUGCUGACUGUUAUGGCCUAUGACCGCUUCAAUGCCAUCUGUCGACCCCUCCACUAUGCAGUGAUCAUGCACCCAAAGCUCCUCCAGCAACUAGCAGCUCUGGCCUGGAUCAGUGGCUUUGUGGAGUCCAUGGUUCAGACCAUCCUUGUUUUCCAAUUGCCUCUCUGCAGCCAUCACAUGGUGGAUGACUUCAUGUGUGAGGAGCCUGCCCUGAUUAAGAUUGCCUGUGUGAACACAACCUUCCUGGAAAAUGAGCUCUCCAUAGCUAUUUUUCUGUAUGUGGUGAUACCUCUGGGGCUUAUUCUGGCCUCCUAUGGCUGCAUUGUGAGGAGUGUGCUGAGGAUAAAAUCCACUGAAGGCAGGAGGAAAGCAUUUGGGACUUGUGGGUCCCACCUAAUUGUUGUGGUUUUGUUUUUUGGGACUCUAGCUUCCAUUUACAUUCAACCCAAGAGCAAAUACACACAGAAUUACAGUAAAUUCCUCUCCCUCUUCUACACUGUAGUGACACCCUCACUGAAUCCUUUGAUCUACACCUUGAGAAAUAAAGAAGUUAAGUGGGCGCUAAGAAGGUUAGUGGGAAGAGAUUCAAGCUAA